UGUGGAUCGUGCCAGCUGGGCAUCACUAUAUAAGACUCAGAACAUCAGGCUGGGACCGUGAAAUCACACUGGGAGCCAAGAAGGAGAAACCAGUGAGGCAACAUCAAAAUCUUUGGCUUUAUUUCUCUGUGACGACUGCGACCCAACGCAAUCCGGGUAAGAUGAUGACAAGGAUCUACGCCUUCAUUGGACUUUUACUUCUCAUCCUGAUCCAGAGCAGCAUGCAGAUUCCCAUUCAAAAAAACAUGGAAGACAACUCCAGCCUUAUGUCUGAGGAGGCACUAUUUAAUGACCCAAGAGAAGUAAGCAACAUGAAGAGACAUUCAGAAGGCACAUUCUCAAACGAUUACAGUAAAUACCUGGAGACCAGGAGAGCACAAGACUUCGUCCAGUGGUUGAUGAACUCCAAGAGAAGUGGAGUCCCCAACCGACGACACGCAGACGGCACUUUCACCAGUGACGUCAGCUCUUACCUGCAGGACAAGGCGGCAAAAGAGUUUGUGUCCUGGCUGAAAACAGGGAGAGGACGACGCGAGUGACGAUUCAUGACAACGAGAAAAAAAACUAGCCUGCAUAACUGUGACAACACGGUUUUAUAAUGACUAGUGCUGUCAGUUUCAUUGAAUCAUGCAAAUAAAUCUUUCUUCAAAUGAA